UGUGUGUGCGUUUGCGUGUGUGUGUGUGUGUGCGCGCGACUACAGUGAAUGAGAAGUAGCCUACUGCUGUGUCUGUAUGUGUGCAGUGAAUGGCCAGAGCUGUGUUGCUGUGCCUGUGUUGUACAGUUCGUACGGUAACUGAGGAACAUCAAGAGCAGUCUGUCCGGCCCCGCUGCCUGACAGCCACAGCGAAAUUCAACGAUUCACCCGAUGGCGUUUGAGAAACAAAGAGCAGUUUCUCUCGUAAGCGGUUUGACUGGCGGCAGCAAUUCCAAGCCGUGCAUUACUGAUCCGAAAAUGAAGUUUAGCUCCAGCUUUCGUCAUUCUCCAGCCACAUCCGAUGCAUUUCUUCUGUCGCUUCCCCAGAUCGGCCGAGCCGAUGCAGCACUUCCCUGUGAUGCGGCAUCAUUUUAUGGAUUCUGACAUGGAUUAUGAGAGGCCAAAUGUCGAGACUAUCAAGUGUGUGGUGGUUGGAGACAACGCUGUUGGAAAGACCCGGCUUAUCUGUGCCCGGGCCUGUAAUGCGACGCUAACACAGUACCAGCUACUUGCCACACAUGUGCCCACUGUCUGGGCAAUAGAUCAGUACAGAGUCUGCCAGGAGGUUCUAGAAAGGUCCAGAGAUGUGGUGGAUGAUGUCAGCGUGUCCUUGCGUCUCUGGGACACAUUUGGUGACCAUCACAAGGAUCGCAGAUUUGCGUAUGGCAGGUCUGAUGUGGUGGUGUUGUGUUUCUCCAUUGCAAACCCGAACUCACUCCACCAUGUGAGGACAAUGUGGUACCCUGAAAUCAAGCAUUUCUGUCCCAGAGCUCCUGUUAUCCUUGUGGGCUGCCAGCUGGACUUGCGGUACGCUGACCUGGAGGCAGUGAACAGAGCUCGACGCCCACUGGCCAGACCCAUUAAAUCCAAUGAGAUAUUGGCGCCAGAGAAAGGCCACGAGGUGGCUAAAGAUCUAGGUGUCCCUUAUUAUGAGACCAGCAUAGUUGCUCAGUUCGGUGUUAAGGACGUUUUCGACAAUGCUAUCCGUGCAGCCCUCAUUUCUCGUCGUCAUUUGCAGUUCUGGAAGUCGCAUUUACGAAAUGUUCAAAGGCCACUUCUCCAAGCCCCCUUCCUUCCCCCUAAGCCCCCUCCACCCAUUAUCACCGUUCCCGCCCCUCCCAGUAACAUAGAAGAGCACCCUAGCCGCCUGUUGGAGGACCCACUCUGCGCCGACGUCAUCUUAGUCCUCCAGGAACACCAGAGGAUCUUCGCUCACCGCAUCUACCUUGCCACAUCUUCCUCCAAGUUCUACGACCUCUUCUUGACUGAACCUCGGGUUCCUGAGGAGACCGGACAGGAGAGAGAACGACUCCGAGGGCCACCGCUUUCUGGCCGCGAUUUGCUAAUGCGCGCAGCUAGUUUUGACGUUUGUGAAACUAGCGACGAUGGAGAUAGAGCAAACUUGCGUGCCUGUACCAGUGAUGGAACUCUAAAGGGUGAUGGUCGCGGUCGUCUGCUCCCUGCCUUGAGUCGUGCUUUUAUUAGCAUCCAAGAAGAAAUGGUGGAUGACCCCAUCACCAUCAACCUUAGAAAAAUGACUGUUGUGCACAUGGACCCUUCAAUGCAGCCCGGUCCAUUUCGAUCUGUGUUGCGGUACCUGUAUACAGGUAAACUAGACGAGCGGGAGAAGGAGCUAAUGCAGGUUGCCCACAUUGCAGAGCUGCUGGAAGUGUUUGACCUGCGUAUGAUGGUGGCUAACAUCCUGAACGACGAGGCCUUCAUGAAUCAGGAGAUCACCAAGGCAUUUUACGUGAGACGCACCAAUCGAGUGAAAGAAUGUUUGACCAAAGGGACCUUCUCUGAUGUGGUGUUCAGAUUGGAUGAUGGCACCAUUAUGGCCCAUAAACCACUGCUCAUCUCAAGCUGUGAUUGGAUGGCAGCCAUGUUUGGUGGCCCAUUUGUGGAGAGCUGUACAAAAGAGGUGCCGUUUCCAAACACUACGCGGAGCUGCAUGCGUGCUGUGCUGGAGUAUCUCUAUACUGGCUGCUUCUGCUCUCGCUCAGAUCUGGAUGCCAUGGAACUCAUUGUGCUUGCAAACCGUCUUUGUCUGCCUCACCUGGUAGCGCUGACAGAGCUGUACACUGUGAAGGUACUGACCGAAGCUGCCAUGAUGGGAGCUGAUAUAGAUGGAGAUGUUCUGCUCUAUCUGGACAUGGCCCAGUUCCACUGUGCUCAUCAGCUGACGGACUGGUGCCUCCAUCACAUCUGCACCAACUACAACAGAGUCUGUCGCAAAUUCCCUCGGGACAUGAAGGCCAAAUCUACAGGAAACCUGGAGCACUUUGAGAAACAUCGCUGGCCUCCGGUGUGGUAUCUGAAGGAAGAAGAUCACUAUCAGCGGGCGCGCAAGGAGCGGGAGAAGGAAGAUUACCUGUACCAAAAGCGUCAGUGUAAACGCAAGUGGCUCUUCUGGAAUCUACCCUCUUCUCCUUCCUCCAAUUCUCCGUCUUCUCCUGGUUCCUCUGCAGUCAUCUGAUUGGCUCUCAGGAUGCACGGCCAACCAAACAACCCUAAAUGUGGGAUGUAAACACACCACAAGGAAUGAUAGCCUUUUUCAACUCUAUAAGAUUACCCGUUCACACUUUCUGUUAAGCAAAAUGCUCAAGCCCUGCUUUUAGCUGCUGAAGAACAAGCAAAAAUGAAACCGGAUGGAGAACAUAAUUAAAGGAAACACACGGCUUUGACUUAAAGCACAUUGUUGAGUCUUUCUACUUUACUGGUUGGAUAUUUCAUCAAAUCACAUCAGCUUUGACGCUCUCCUGUGACAUCACUUCCUGCGGUGGUAGACUGCUGCUCAAUUUGCUUUAUUAAGGGCAAUCUUCACUCAGCAUCGGUUCCCCAAACAUAACCAUAUCUUCAUCUGUAUAGAAAAAUCCAUGGCAGGACUGCACAUAUUCCUAACUAGAAAUGUUAAUAAGUGCUUUUCAGCUCUAGAGGAUGAGAACACAGGGACGUUUUAGAGCAACCAGCAAACAUGAAUUCCUCAUUGUUUUGGUAAUCUACAAUCAAACCAUUUUAACAGACCGACAUUCUCAACACUCAAAUGGUUUAACAUCCAAAGGUAUUAUUAAUGUGGCAUUUAAAGGGCCGCGUGUGGACGUGACUCCACAGAACUGGAUCAGUCCGUAGCCAUGUUGCAGGUUCAGUGUGAGUUAAGCUCCAUUGAUAACAUCGGACAUAAUGCUGAUUAACACAGUAAAUGAUAAUUGUUGGUACUUUCAGGUAUUUACAAUGGAAAUAGACAGAGCCAGGAAAUAAACAUUAAAAAUGCACACUGUAUGAAAAAAGUACAUGACUUAAAGUUGCAGUGAAGUAGCAACAGAUAUUUUCUUCUGUAUUGAGACACAUAUCUGAGUGAAAUGGAUUAUAAAAGUAGAGCAGGGACUUGGUUCUGGGCAUUGGCUAUUAAUUGGAUGGAGGCAAAUAUUCAUGAUGAUGUUGCAGCAGUAAAUCUUACAAUAUGAGAUACAAGAUAGAUAGAUAGAUAGAUAGAUAGAUAGAUAGAUAGAUAGAUAGAUAGAUAGAUAGAUAGAUAGAUAGAUAGAUAGACAGACAGAAUUUUUACAUACACUACAAUUCCAAACCAGAAGCUCAUCCAUCUAGAAAAGUUAAAUCAUCACAAGAAUAAUUAUCUAUGAAUUGCUCAUACAAGUUCUUCAAUAAUGAACUUUAGAUUUCUUCACAUUUGCACCACCCGCCCCAAAGAAAUUUAUUUUUUGAAUCAGCAAGGAUGCAUUCAAUUGAUCAAAAUUGACAGUAAAGUACAUUUAUAAUGUUCCUAAAGAUUUCUGUUUUAAAUAAACGCUGUUCAUUUGAACUUCCAUAAAAUAAAUGUAAAAAACAGUUUCCAAAAAAUAAUAAGCUGUACAAAAGUUAUUAACGCUUAUAUAGUUAUAAACUAAAAUGUUUCUCGAGCAGCAAGUCAGCAUAUAAGAAAAAUUUCUGAAGGAUCAUGUGACGUUGAAGACUGGAGUCAUGAUGCUGAAAAUACAACUUUGAAUCACAGGAAUAAAUUACAUUUUUACAAAUAUAUUUACAGAAUACAGUUAUUUAACAUUUUAAUAUUUCAGUUUUUUCUUUAUCAAAUAAAUGCAGCCUUGUUGGCAAAAAUACAACUAAACAAGCCCAAACAUCUGAACAGUCGUGUAUUUUCUGUGCUAUUCAGUAUUAUGCCUGUCAAUACAGCUUAACUUGUAUUGAACCCACUGUGUCUCUUUAUACAUGAUUAGAGCACUUUGCUCUUCAUCAGUGUGCAUGCUGAAUGUUACUUGUGCACAACAACAAAAAAAUAAGUACUUUGAGACUCUCUGUUUUUCCUGCACACGGUGUAUAUUUUUGGCUAUAUGUUCGACUGAAGCAGUCUAUCUUCUCUAUUUCUUCCUCUCAAUAACUGUAACCUCACAUGUAAUUAACUGACAAGUAUGGAGAUGAAAACAUUCAACAUUCAAAUGAUUGUAAGUUUACACAAAAUCAGCAUUUACUGACACAAUGUCACGAAUUUGUGCUACCAACAAGAAGUAGUCCAGGUUUACAUCAAGACUGAAAAAGCUGCAUUUUUGUCUCGAUAACACUAUUCUGGAAAACAGUAACAACCUGUGAUAUGAUAACUAGAUACUUCAAAACAGGAUCCCGGGUGAACAGUCACACCGCGCUCCUCUACAGGGAAUAUAAAGAGUGCCUGAACACUGCACACAUUCAAAGUGAGGGCACCAGCUGCUGUCUUUACCAAAGUAAGCUCACUUCUGCUUCAUAAGGAGGAUGACAUCGGUCUACCGCGCACAAUACAUGAUUUCAAACUGUCCCAGCUUUCAGAUGAGCUUCACGGGCAGGCCUGUGACAAUCCCAUGAUGCACCGCAGUUACAUUUAAGCAGUUGUAGAGUGUUUCCUACACCUGCUAUAUUUCAGUAUCCCAUUCUGAGGGACGCUUUAGGGUCAUAUUAAUAUCUAGUAGUAACUUAGGGAAAAGUAUUUAUAUGACUAUUCUAGUACUAUAAGGAAAUCAAUUGAAAAGAUAAUAAUGCAAGACAGUUUCACAAUUUACAUUGACAUAACUAUUUAAGGUGCAAUGCCUCGCCAUACAGGAGAGGAAAUCUCACAAGCAUGGUCCAUAUAGACUUAAACCCUUUCCGAUUUGAAUGUUUCUUAUCUAGCACAUGCGAUAGCCAGAAGCGAAUAGCACCUUAUAUAUAGAAUGGCUUGUUAUAAGGCAAUACAGUAGUUUUUAUAGAACCAGAUUGACCUCUACAGUACAAAAAAGGGAUAAUAAAUCACACUAUGAAGAGUGAAAAGCAAUCCGCUAUGUAUUUUCUGCCUGUUGUAAACUAAUUAAUAUUUUUCUGCUUCAAUAAAUCGGAUUAAGAGCUGA